AUGGAUGAGAGGAGGUAUGAGAUGAUCUUUGAAGCAUGUUCAUUGAAGAAGGACCUUGAAUUUUGUGCCUUUGGGGACCAGACUAUUAUAGGGGAAAGGGGGAUCAACCUGAGUGGAGGGCAGAAGCAAAGAAUUCAGACUGUACGUGCUUUAUACCAUGAUGCGGAUAUUUAUUUGCUUGAUGAUCCUUUUAGUGCUGUGGAUGUGCACACAAGAACUCAUCUUUUUAAGGAAUGUUUAUUAGGAAUUUUGGCUUCAAAAACAAUAAUUUAUGUUACUCACCAAUUAAUAGAGUUUUUACGUUCUGCUAAUCUUAUCCUGGUUAUGAGAGAUGGACGGAUUACUCAAGCAGGAAAAUAUGAAGAAAUUUUUAGUUUAGGAACUGACUUUAUGGAAUUAAUGGGUGCACAUAAGAAAGCUUUGACAAAAAUUAAUUCUAUCGAAUGUGUGGCUGCUUUGGAUAAUUGA